CCGGAGGAUGAGGAGCGGCGGGGACGCUGCUACCUCUGCUCCGCCGAUUAUAGACUCGUUCCCGCUGUCAGUGUGAGGAAACAUCCGCAGCCAUGGCAUCAGACAACUGUCUGUUUGUGUGGUCUGAUCAGUGUGUCAUUGUGUGUCCUCUCUCCCUCUCCCUCCUCCUGCCAGUCACCCCAGAGGCCAUUGGAUUCCUGUCGGCAGUGGGCGUCUUCAUCGUGGCGUUGGCCGUCCUCUUCCUCUUCAUCAACAAGAAGCUGUGUUUCUCACGUGUUGGCGGGCUGCCCUGUCUGGAGCAACAUGGUCGCCGGAAGAAAGGAAGAGUGGGAAUCCGCCAGGGGCUUGUGAACAGUUUUGGCGAUGAUGAAGAUGACGUCAGCUCAUCUGACAGUGAAGACGAGGUCCUGAAGCAGUUUGAGAUCUCUGUGUCGCGCUCGCAGAGUUUUCGUACAGCGGCAACGCACAGCGGCGAGCAGCAGGCCCAUCAGACGCAGGUUGCUUCGGGCCGUCGACACAAGUUCACGCGCCUGUCAGACCAGGAGGAGGGCAGCACUGAGCCGUCAGACUGUGAAGAAAUGGAGGCUCAGGCCCGGCAGAGUUUCAAGGACCCACUGACCGCUGCGGCAGAGGAGAGGGAGAGAGAAUCUUCGAUGGCUCUGGAAAAACCUGCAGGAAUCGAGCUGCUGGAUGUCAGAAACAGUCCCACCCCGAGUAUGAGGCGUCAGGCGGCAGACGGCAGUGAGGAGACCGAGAAGGCUGCCGAUAACGAAAAAAAUGAUGCAACUGACAGCUCCUCCACCUGGAGCCCCGAGCAAGAGCAUCCUCCCCUUGAUGAGGUCUCCUCUCAGCCAGUCAGCUCAUCCCCUCGACCUCCCAUCUCUAAAUGUGGAGACCUGGUUCUCUCUCUGGAGUACCGUCCAGACACGGAGAAGCUGCUGGUCACUGUGAUCGCUGCCCGGGACAUCCCUGAUAAGGCUCGCAGUGGAAUGGACUCCUGGCAGGUGCACAUGGUCCUACUACCCUCCAAAAAACAACGCCACAAGACGUCGGUUCAACGAGGCUCCCUGCCGCACUUCAACGAGACAUAUCGUUUCUCGCGCCUGGAUCCGUCUGACCUGCACAUGUUGGCUAUCAGGUUCAGGCUGUACGCGCUCGGGGGCAGGAUGUCCCGGGAGAGGAUGAUGGGUGAGAAGAUGCUGCGUUUAGGUGGGCUUGACCCUGAUGGAGGAACAAUGGAGACAACGCUGGUCCUGGAGCCUCGAAGUAACCUCAAGAGUGUGGACUCCCAGCUCAGCCUCUCUGCUGUGUCUCAGAGCGACAGCGCCUCGUCCACUCAGUCUCUGACCCACGGCGGGGUCCCUGAGCUGCUGGUUGGUCUCUCAUACAACGCCACCACCGGACGCAUGUCUGUGGAGCUAAUCAAGGGCAGCCACUUCAGAAACCUGGCUAUCAACAGACCACCAGACACCUAUGGGCGUUUGACUCUGUUGAACUCGGUUGGUCAGGAGAUCUCUCGCUGUAAGACGUCGGUGCGUCGCGGUCAGCCCAACCCUGUCUACAAGGAGACCUUCGUCUUCCAGGUGGCGCUGUUCCAGCUGUCGGACGUCACGCUGCUGGUGUCAAUCUUCAACCGGCGCAGCAUGAAGCGCAAAGAGAUGGUGGGCUGGAUCGCUCUGGGCAUGAACAGCAGCGGAGAAGAGGAGCAGCUCCACUGGCAGGACAUGAAGGACGGUCGAGGACAGCAGGUCUGCCGUUGGCACGUCCUGCUGGAGGCAUAACUUUGACAAGUCCCAGGAUAUUUUUCUUUUAGGUUGGAAGGAAAUAUAUUCUGAAAGAAUAGCAGAAUGAAACGCCUUGAUUUGAUCUUUGCACAGGAUAAAAAUGGGGUUUCAGAUGUGAUGGAUUCAAGGACUUAUCUCUGUCUCCACUAUUGUCCUUACCAAAGCUUCACGGACAUCAAACCUGGUUGAUUUUUUUUUUUUUAUAAAUAUGAGUAGAAAUGUUAUCUUCUUUUGAAGGCUGAAAUAAGUUUAGGACUGAUGAUGAAUUGGGAGGUUAUUCAUGAAAGGAAGAAAGAAAGACUUAUGACCAGGUUGCAUGAAAAGAUGACAUUGAAUUUGGAUUCACUCAUGGGCUCAUUCUUUCAUUUUUAAGUCCACUGAUAUGACAGAUAAAGGUGCAUGUAAAGGUUUCGUGCAGAAAAUCACUUCUCCUUUUUGAUUUAAAAAAAAGCUUCAUAGAAAGUCCUUCAGCCUACAGGAGGACAUGAUAAUGUGUCCUUCCCUCACAGAUUGUAUCAGUAAAGCAGCGCUAUUGUGAGGCUGUACAGCUGCAUUUUAGUUGUUCUAAUGAAAUGGGGUGUUAGAAAGCUCACACAAAUUAGAGGUGUAUUUGUUGUGCUUUUUUUUUAACUUCCAGUCUCAUCAAUGGAGAUGCACAAAAAUUAGGAAUUGAUGCGAACAGGAAGCGGAAUGAUGAAACAUUUGAUAACUUUAAAUUUAAAAUAUAUCAUUAUCUUCAAAUAGAAACACUGGCUAGUUUGAACUGACACCUGAUGUUGAGCUCCUUCUUGACUCUCCUUUACCUGCAACAUGUGUCCUCACUAACAGAAUUUUAAAGCUACAAUUCACUUUGAAUGAGAGUUGAUUUUCUCGUUAGAUACUGAAGGCGUCAUCUCUCUUGUGUUGUCAGACACUUUGAAUAACAAUCUGAGUCUUUUUAUCACAACAGAGAUACCACUGUGACCUAAGCAGUUUUGAACCAACUUUCUGUUCACACACCUAAACCUGUACAAAUAAGACACAGUUUCAAGAAAUUACAGGAACAGUUCUUUGAAGGAUAGUUCAGUAUUUUUGAAGUGGAGUGCAUAAGAUAUCUGUCGACAGUAAGUGUGUUAGACAGAGAUGCUGGUCUGCCUCUUUAUGGAGAAACCGUUUGGAGUGCGGGCACAGAAGCUAGGCUAUGCACCGCUACAGACGGGGUCAUUUAUACCAAGUUAUUGAGCUCAAUCUGAGAGAAAAAUAACGUAAAUAUCUAUGACGAUGUGAGUGUACACUAUAUUAAGAAAAUUUUAAGCACUUACCCAUCAGCAAGCCAUAUUUUUUUAGCUCUACUUUAGUCACCCUGCAGCACACUGAAGUGUACAAGUCAACUUUGGACUGAGAAUUUUGACAUUAACGCAUCCCAGUUUGAGAUGAUUAUCUGGCAAUAAUGGCAGUAGAGCUUGUAGAGCCUGGCUUAGUUUUCCUCUUCAACAGCUGACACGUUAAUGUACUUGCACUGCUAUGUAACUUGGGAUCUCUCCUAGGGAUGCAACAAUUCAGUCAGCCAACAGUUUAAUAUGUACCUCGGUUUUUUUGUCAUGGUAUUCAUGGGCCGUUUUUCUUGUUAUCCCAUUCUUUAUUAGCAAUGUAUUAGGCAGUUUUUACAAGAACUUUUCUAUUUAUACACAUUCCUAGUGUAUGGUAUAGUCUCAAUGAACAGAAGGAAGUAUUUAACUAGUGAUCGUCAUUGAUCUUUUGGUUGUUAAGUAAUGUAUAGCCUAUAUAUAAUACACUGACUGCUGACAAGAACAUCAUACAUCCCCACAAAAAAACGAUCCCUUAAAGUUUCAGUGCACUGAAAACCAUCAUUGCUACAAGCUUGUAAAUACUGUAGUCAACGUUAAAAACACCUUAAAAGUUAAGUGAAUGCCACCAGAAGAGAGAAACUGCCACAUGACGACUCUCUGUGUAAACAUGAGGUAAUGGAUGGAGAAAUGAUGAAGUCACUGUCAGUGUUGCCACUGAAGGAAUCAUGCAUCCAAAGACUAUCGAGUAGAGAAACAAACAUGAGAGUAGAAGUGAAGAUAUCUUGUGAUUCAAGUGGAGUAGGAAGAUGCCUCAUUCAUAUUCAACACUCAUUCAUAUUCUCCUGACACAUGUGCUACUACAGGCAGGAAAAACCAGCAGCUGGAGACUCUUAACCCCGGUGGGAUAAGAGCUCCCCUCCCUCCUCCCUUCAGCCUCUUUGACACUGAAUGAUGUUAUUUGGCCCCCGCUCCAUCUCCUUCACAGGGCAAAGCUCAUUUCAACACCCAUCAAUGCUGAGCUGAAAAGAGGCUUUAAAUAUCUCGCUGCAGCUGUUAAUAACAUGCAAUGAAUUACCCUGGAAGUGUGUGUUUUUUUUCUCCACUCUCGCUCUGUGGUUAAUUGGUAGUUACAGCUGCAGAUACAGUGCGAUGACGGUAAUGCCGCUGCUAAUGCUCAUCCUCUUCCAGUCGGAGCAUCAUUGAGUCAUAAGGCUCGCAGUUCAGCCCGGAGGGGGGAUUAUAUUUGUUUGUGUCGACUGAUACUGUAGCUCCAAACCCCUCAGGGUUUCACACAACGAGAGCAGAGAUGUGUUUAUUUGAGCGUUUGUUUGUCUUUGGAUGGUUUUCCUCAGGCAGGUGACGGCUAAGCCUCUUUAGAAAUGUUGAAUGUAGCUCAUCUGUACAAUUGUCAUUGGAGGAAAUGGUAAAAAAUCACUCAGAAAGGCACAAGAUGUAAUUACACAAAUUUAAUGUGACUACUUUUUAGAGAAUCAAGCACAACAAAUAAACUGAGGGCCUAUGCAUGUAUUCAAAUUCUUCAUGUGAAAAUAAAGGGUCAGUUCACCCAAAUCAUAAAACAACCUUUAAUACGUAUCCCUGAUAGGCAUUGAGCAGUUCAGAUCUUGUUUUUAUCCUCUUUAAUUAAAACAAGGACAACAUUAAGUCAUUGCUCCUUAAAGCCCGGAACUGUUAAAUAUACAAAAGUAUUUUUGCAAAGUCCUCUGAUGUUGUAGAAAUCAAUGUCCUUCAGACCUUUUCUUAAGAAUAUCCCAUACGGAUGUAAUUAGUUGUGAUUGUCAGAUGCCAUUGCUAUGACUGCGUUUUAUUUAGAUGGGCUUGGUGUCUGUCACGAAAAGAUAAUGGUCAGGUUUCGUUGGGGCACAGGUGUUAAGAAAAGUCCCCCAAUGUCACGUUUCACCUCUUUGUUCUCCCUGGCCCGCUCCAGCAUAGACGUUUGUUAUUUGUACCACAGUAACAGUACUUCACCUCUUCCCAGCCUUUAACUGUUGUGACAAAAACUUACUUUUUAGACGUGAAUUGCUUGACAGGACAACCUAGUUUGUCUUCGGUGUUUGAUCACAUGAUCAAUGCGGUUGUUUUUCUUCACUGGAUUUUUCUAGGAAGACAAUACUGGAACUGUCUAUUUUCUGAUUUUACUUCUUGUUUCAGGAAUUUAUUGGAGAUAUUUUAAGUGCGAGGUUCAUGACAAGGAGUCAGUGUUUUUGCAUCUGCACCAAAAACAUCAAAAGGAAAUGAUUUAGAAUCUGUUGCAGCUUUUCAAGUCUAUUUCCCUUAAAUUUUCUCUGACAUAUUUUCUAUCUUUGUAUCGUUUACUUUUUUGUCAGAGCUGGGAAUUAUGUUACACCCAAGUUGACCGCCUUCCAGUUAUGAGUGGGUAACUAUUCGGAAAAGCAACAUGGACCCCUCCAGGAGUGCUUUUGUUGUGUUAGCUAAUACCAGGCGUUAACAACACUGUACUUGGUCGUUUAUUUUAAAUUUUGAAAGAUGUGUUUUUAGGCUUUUUAAUGCCUUUAUUUGAGAGACAGAGUAUCUAGUCAGAAAUCGGGAUGAGAGAGUUUUGGGAAUUCGAUGAAGGAAAGGAGCCACAGGUCGGAUUCGAAGAACCUAACCUAAAUAAUAUGUUUAAGGGCACAGUUUAAUGGAUUCAUUUAAAAGAGGAAACUUACUGUAAAUGCUGGAUGUCACAUGUUUAAACUUCAGAUACGUAAAGAUGAAUUCAGGUAUAAAUGGAGCAUAUGGUGAAGAAUAGGAGUGCUGCAACUGGCUGGAUGUUUCUUUUUAUAGUACCAUAGUUUUUCCUCCAAAGUCUUUCUUAUUUUUAAUGCUAUUUUAUUCUUACUACUUUUGUUUUUUGUGUAUAAUAAUGCUCCAAAACCAAAAUAAUGGAUUUCUGAGUUAAAUCUCGGUCAGUGUCAAAGACCGCAAGUUAGCCACUAGUUUAUUUAUUGAUAUACUGGAGUGAACUUUUUUUUAACUUUUACUUUAGGUUAAAAACAUGACCCAAGGAUGAGCCCAUUUCAAGUUAGCUAUCCCACUUUUUCUAAACUUAGCAUGCUGAAUAAAACCAAAGCAGCGGUGCGUACAGUUUCAUCUUUUAAAACGCAGAUGAAAAUAAAACUACAACAUUAUCACACUUAUAUUUAUUUUCAGUGGGAUUUCAAUGAAACAACAAUCAUAGAUAAACCACCAAAAAUGUCAAAAGCAUUUUGUUGCACAACACUCCAUGCUAUUUUUUUUGCGAAGUACACAAGUGUUUCUUUCUUUGUAAGUUUUUUCAUCUAAACACAUUACUCUUACAUUAUACUUUCCCUUGGCAGAUGAGUCUAAAGACCUGUGCCAAGACUUAAUAUCAGCACUCCUAUUCUACAGGCUUCAUCCAUGUGAGUGUGAAUAGUGACAUAAACUAUAUUUACUGCACAAACUGGUAUAUUUUAUGCAUGUUGAGUUGUUGUACAGAUUCUAUAAUAUCUACUCUAUAUUUUUUAAAAUAGUAAAUGUGUUCUUAAAUAUUUCCCAGUAUUUUUGUUAUAUUUAGACUUCAUGUCUGCAUGCUCAGUUGGAGAUUUCUGGUUGUAUUACAAAUGUGAGACAAUCAGAUAGUGCUGCAGAUGUAAUACUGUUGUACAUACUCUGAUGAAGUGCCUGUAACAUUUUGAGAUGAAACAUAUCCACCAUGACAAAGACAUGAUCCAAAUUUGCAUGAAGCCUUCUUGUUGUUCCCUGUGAAUGCUGCUGUAGGACUGCAUGCAUGGACGGUGAUUACAGGUCAGGCCUCCUAAUGUCAAGGCCAGGACCGGGGCAGAAGACCCACUCAGACCACAUAAAGCUGGGUAGACACUACACAAUUUUCAAAUCUUAACCGAUUUCAAAAACGUGGAAGAUUGCAGACAUACCGAUUAAAAUUAUAAUCCUCUGAAUUAAUAACCUCCAAUUCUAGCUCAAUACUAUGCACAAACAUGCAAGUCGCAUUGAUAGUUUUCCAAAAUCUGGAACUAUUCUUCUUACUGUUAUAAGCCUGUGUCAAAUUUGGAAAUAUAUUGUCAUAUUUCUGUUCAAAAUUCCCUGCUUUUUUUAUAUGUCUGAUUGAAUUAUGACAGAAACAAAUCCCAUUCCCCUUUCCCUUUUCUGUAAAUCCCUUACAGUCUUAGAUCUUCUUAGAGCUUCAUUGAUAUCAGAAGUGGAACAUGUGAACUAAACAGACUGGAUUUGGACACUAUCACUAGAGACUGUAGAUAUUUUGCAUCUUAUAGAGACUGCAGUACUUCAGCCCUGGUCCUGGCCGUGCAUGCCGAGCCCCAACAGCACCCAAAAAGCACUUUUUGUACCAAGUUUUGUCGUUGCCAAUAAAACCCAGAAGAUCCCUGCUGUGGGAACGUCUGUC